AGCAUUUUACUUCCGUUCGGUCUAUGCAGACUGAUGAAAUGUAGGAAAUCUGUUUCUGGCAGGGAGAAAAAAUCGUUUUCCCAAACAGCACCGAGAGGAGCCAUCAGAGAAGUAUGAAGAGGGGCAGCGGGGCUGCAGUCGCUGCCGCUGCCGCCCGGCUGGUGGGGUGCGGGGACCAGCUGCUGCAGGACCUGCGCCUGGAAGGGGCUGGCCCGGAGCAGCGGCAGGAGCUCGAUUCAGAGCCCGGGCGCCUCUGAGAGCCGCCAGCAGCCCAGCUCUGCACGCAGGGUGAGCAAGGAGGGCUGCCCACUUCCCGGUCAAGCCACCGCCGCGCGCGCGCUCUGCAGCCGGGGACUGCGGGAGCCCCUGCCUCCCUGCUACACCGGGGCGGCGGGGGAGGGGAGAGCUCGCUAAAAAUAACCUCAUGGAGGAGGUGGAGAAGGGUGAAGAGCUGCGGACAGUUGGAGAGACUCUGGCCUUAAGAGUGGGUAGUCGCUGCAGUGGUUGACUUUCUGAGUCCCUGGGAACAACCGGGUGUUUCUCGUCCCUAUUGUGGACCAGCCCAAAAGACCGCAGCGCGUAUUAGAAGUGGAUAAAUAAUGUGCACUGCUCUGAACCCAAAGGUACGCGGUGGACCUGGCCUCUCUGAUAUGCAUCAGUAUAGCCAGUGGCUGGCCAGCAGACAUGAAGCUAAUUUGCUGCCAAUGAAAGAAGAUCUGGCCUUGUGGUUAACCAAUCUAUUAGGGAAGGAGAUUACAGCAGAGACUUUUAUGGAGAAGUUGGAUAAUGGUGCCUUGCUUUGUCAACUUGCAGAAACUAUGCAGGAGAAAUUUAAAGAGAGCAUGGAUGCUAACAAGCCCACAAAGACUCUACCACUGAAGAAGAUUCCAUGCAAAGCCAGUGCACCCUCGGGCUCCUUUUUCGCUCGAGACAAUACAGCAAAUUUCUUAUCCUGGUGCCGAGAUUUAGGGGUGGAUGAAACAUGUCUAUUUGAAUCAGAAGGUUUGGUCCUGCAUAAGCAACCCAGAGAAGUGUGUCUCUGUUUGCUGGAGCUUGGCCGGAUUGCAGCCAGGUAUGGUGUGGAGCCUCCUGGUUUGAUAAAAUUGGAAAAAGAGAUUGAACAAGAAGAAACACUGUCUGCUCCUUCUCCUUCCCCUUCUCCUACAUCAAAAUCUUCUGGCAAAAAGAGUACAGGAAACUUACUGGACGAUGCAGUGAAACGAAUUUCUGAAGAUCCUCCUUGCAAAUGCCCAAAUAAGUUCUGUGUGGAGCGACUCUCUCAAGGAAGAUACCGAGUGGGAGAAAAGAUCCUCUUCAUUAGGAUGCUGCACAAUAAGCAUGUCAUGGUCCGUGUGGGAGGAGGAUGGGAAACUUUUGCAGGGUAUUUGUUAAAACACGACUCCUGCCGAAUGCUGCAGAUCUCCCGUGUGGAUGGCAAAACAUCCCCCAUCCAAAGCAAAUCUCCAACUCUCAAGGACAUGAAUCCAGAUAAUUACUUGGUGGUCUCUGCAAAUUAUAAGGCUAAGAAGGAGAUUAAGUGAAGCUAAUUGGUCACUGCAAGGGGACUCUCAUAAUGGCCUGUAUCCACCUCUCCAGUGUAGUCAGCUUAGUUCACUUGCUCUAAAAACUGCCUUGGAAAAAAGGGUAACAGACAGAAAAAAAAAAAAAAAUGUCCACAUAUCGAAAACUGUUUCAAAGAGUAGCACUAUUUAUUUUUAAUGCUUCUGUAGAAUAUGACCUAUGAAGAGAAAUUCUAAACUAAGAUUUAAAUUAGACAAAUUAUAAGCAAAUUAUUACUUCUCAAUACGUGCACACGGUAUUUAGAAGGCAAACAGUUUAGGAACACCAUUAGCUAAAGAUAAAAAUGUAUUAGGAGAAAACACUUAAGAGUUGCAGAUAAGUCCAAAGAAAGUGCCUGCUUUAUGUCCACGAAUAAAAGCACCCCAGACAUUUUUUAAAUUGCAGAAUUUUUAAGCUGUUUUUUUUACGAAAUGACAAUUAGUGUGACAAUGUGCUACUUAAAAUGUUGAACUGCACUAUAACUAAAUCCAGAGUAGUCACAGCAGGAAUUCCUUACUGGAAAGGCCACUUCAGAAAAGUUUACAUUCACUUGGAAGAUUGCCUUAAAAGCUUAUCUCUUAUCUAUGACCAAAUCUCUGGGGUACUUUUGGAAGUUUUCAGUACAGCCCCUUAGAGAGUAGUUUAUGAAUAAUUUCAAACAUUCCUCAGCACGUGGCUGUGUUUAGAAUGAUGUAGUGUAAUUCACAUACGUAAGCUGACACACAUUUAUAUUUUGACAAGUAAAUUGUACAGUCGAAUGUUCAUUGAUUUCAUGUUAUUUUAAAGCAUUUUCUUAUUGAUGUAUUUCUUUAGUUAAUCCUAUUUUGCUAUGCUGUGUAGUAAAUCCACUGUAGCUCAUGAUGUUACAGACUUAUAUAUACCCUUGUAUACCUGGGACAUAGCUGUUUUGUAUCAAUAAACAGCAAAAUAUUGUCCUCACUGAUUCAAGAAUUAAAAAGAUAAAAUUAAAAAA